CCGUGGGAAAGCAGCAGAGCAGCUCGCGCGCAUCAAUAGAGAAACAAUUAGAGCUGAACUCCUGCUCUGGCAGCGAUGUUUAUUGAACGGGUUUGGGGCAGUUUUCCCUCCACCAGCUGUUAGUGGUCGCCUUUCUGGUGAGGAAUACUUUCCUCACUCACCUUUGGAUGUCCACAGCCGUAAGCUAUCACUUGAAGGAAAAAAUAAUAAUAAAACACUCGAGCUGCCUUUCCGUGGCGGAUGUGGAGAUGAUGGGAAGCCGCUGGUAUUGAUGGGAAUUCGAUGAAGCUGGUCGAUUUCCUCUGACUGGAACUAGGACGCGUUUUUGGACUCAUGCCGUCCGUGCAAUCGGAAUAGCCAUUAAACCCACAGACGAGUGGACAGUUUUCAGGUAGAAGUGACAUUUAUUUAUCGCUCGCGCUCUUCCUCCUUGCUCAUUUGGAUCGGAUGUCGGGGCGGAUUUGAAUAAGCGCGUGACUUCCGAACACUGGAUAUUACUUUUAAAGAAGACACAUUUUAAGACUUUAGGUUAAAGUCUAAAGAGAUUUCUUUAGACCUAAUGUGUCAAACAGUGAGAAAACCCAUCAAUUAAAUCCUACAUUCAGGUGACAAUGUGUCUUCAGCCUGAGUGGUGAUUACAGUCGACGACUUCAUAGCCUUGUGGUAAGUGCAGCUGUCUGUAAUGGUUAUAGUGACUCAAGUGGCACAGUGUGCUGCGUAAGUGCUUUAAGGGAGCGCCUUCGCUCACAAAUCACUAUGGAGCAGCCCGUCUUGAGGCACUGCUGCAUCUACACUAUGAACCGCAGAGGAUGAUCUGCUACUCUCAUCAUCGAGCUCCUCUUAUGAACUUGCAGCUACUGCAUUUUCAUUUAACACACUGUGGGCACGAACAAGUGACUGCCUGCUGAAAUAUCACCCUGGGAAUUUAACCCUUGCUCCAUGCUCUUUUGGGAGAGGAGCCGAUCCAGGAGGCGGUCGGGCUGAGCUGCCCGUUGCCUGCUUCUUUUCUCUCCAAUGGAGGGCACUGAUCCGGAGAAGGGGACAGAGGAGCAGACGGAGGGAAACUGGACCGGUGGUGAGGAGGAUGGGACACUGCAGUGUCCCGAGGAGUGCCAUCAGAAUGGGGAGAAGAUGCCCUUCCAUCAUGUGACGGCAGGGCUGCUGUAUAAAGGCAACUAUCUGAGCCGCUCUCUGUCUGAACAAAGCGAUAGCGACCAGCUGGCUAGCAUCUCUGCUGAGGAACUGGACGAAAUCCGAGAGGCCUUUAGGGUGCUGGAUCGCGACGGCAACGGCUUCAUCUCCAAGCAAGAGCUCGGCAUGGCCAUGCGCUCACUCGGGUACAUGCCCAGUGAAGUGGAGCUGGCCAUCAUCAUGCAGAGACUGGACAUGGAUGGGGAUGGACAAGUGGAUUUUGAUGAAUUCAUGACGAUACUGGGCCCCAAACUUCUGUCUUCUGAAACACGGGAUGGCUUCCUUGGAAACACAAUAGACAGCAUAUUUUGGCAGUUUGACAUGCAGCGGAUAACAUUGGAGGAACUCAAGCACAUCCUGUUCCAUGCCUUCCGGGAUCACCUCACAAUGAAGGACAUUGAGAAUAUUAUCAUUAACGAGGAGGAGAGCCUGAAUGAGAAUUCAGGGAACUGCCAUACAGAGUUUGAGGGAGUCCAUCCAACGAAGAAGAACCGACAGACGUGCGUGCGCAAGAGCCUGAUCUGCGCCUUUGCCAUGGCUUUCAUCAUCAGCGUCAUGCUAAUUGCGGCUAAUCAGAUGCUGCGCAACGGAAUGGAAUAACAACGCCACUGUGAGCAGGGGUGUGUGUGGGCGGAACCUGCAUGUGCAUGUCCGUCAGAGACGUCGUUCCCUUCUGCCUGAACAUAACAACAACAAAAAAAAGCCUUCGACCUGCAUCCUUCAGACUAAGGAAACCAAACACCUCGUCAUUAGAAUGGUGGAGUGAUUUCUGUCAGGAAUGGCAGCCAGCAGGGGCCAUGCUUUACUGAGUCCCAUCUCCACCUCACUGGCAGGGACUUUCAAGGGCUGACUUGUCCUCUUGUGUUUUUUUUCCCCUUCUCUUCCCACGUCAUCUCUGUUUCCUCAGUGCAAUAACCUGUAGGAGUCCGCAAGAACCUCUCCGACGUCCAGUUUUCGUCUCCCAUUUUCAUCAGGGAUGUGCUGAAGAGCUGCUUCUAGGCACAGACAUGCCGGAAAAUGGAGCGUGUGUCACAAAGUUAUUAGCAGUAGCCUCUUGUCUGGUUAUUUUUAUUUUCCAGUUUUGAGAAUCCAUGUUUCUUGACAAUCCAUGUGAAAAAAAGCUUGCUGGAAGAUUAUCCUUGAUAUUAUGUUAAUAGCAGAGCAGUUAUUGGCUCAUCUUAAUAUUCUAAAUCUCAUGUUAGUUCAUCUUAAAGGCCAGUUUAUCUGUGAUUGUCCUUAUAGAAAGACCUCUGUUGAUGCUCUUAUCUCUUAUGGCAUUUUCACACUUUGUCCAGGAGUGAUUAAGAGCUUGUUUGGUGGACGGUGUCACACAGAGAGUUAUUUCCAAAACUUUUGAGACACAUCAGUGCAAUAAUUCUAUCUGCAUCAGAGGAGUUAGCGCCUCUGAAGUGCUGGAUUUGGAUCGUCCAUUUGAUAUAUUUUCCAUUCCAGUCCACUGAUGCUAUACUCCUGAUAGUAUGCUUACGCUCCAAUCCACUUAAACACAUAAGAAAUGAUCAUAGCAUAAUAUUUGACCCCUGAUUGGCUGCCUGAUUUCUGCCACUCACUAUGUAGUCAAACAGUGUCUUUACCUUUAUUCCAAACUCAUCUAAUGAAUCAUUUCUUAUUAGUCACUUGGUUGAUUUGCUUUCUUUCUUCCAUAUAUAUAUAUAUAUAUAUAUAUAUAUA